CUUCCUGUCAUUCAACACCAACAACACUGCGGAAGAGUCAGGAAAGUUUCACCUCCUGCUCCUCCUCCUCCUGCUCCUCCUCCUGCUUAUUUAUCGUCCACAGACAGAGGAAGAGGACCCUGAUCGAUCAUAUGAUGAUGAUGGUUAACAGGGUUUUUCUCAGAUCUGUGUGUUUUCAGUGAGUCUCCUGCAGGACUUGGUGCGACAUGGCUCUGAGCUGCCAGGACUGGAUGUCAGAUCUACCCGAGGAGCUGUGGGACACUCCUCUGACAGACCUGGCCAUACCUGGGAGCCAUGACGCCAUGAGUUAUUGUCUGGACAUAAACUCCCCCUUGGUCCCGUCUGAAUCCGACUUUUUCAGGCUCCUGGACGGACUUUUCUACUGUUUUACCAGGCCGACCAUUUUUAAAUGGGCUACAACACAGGACAAAACCAUCGAGGAGCAGCUUUCGAUGGGGAUUCGGUACUUCGACCUCCGUGUUGCACACAAACCCAGUGACUCAUCCAACGACUUGUACUUCACACACGUCAUAUACACACAUUUAACAGUUUUGGAGACGCUGGUGUCUGUUGCCGCCUGGCUGGAGUCUCACCCAAAGGAGAUUGUUAUCCUCGCUUGCAGCCACUUUGAAGGAAUCGACGACAAACUCCAUCAUGCCUUCAUUUUCUCCCUGAAGAAGCUGUUCGGCUCAAAACUCUGCCCACAGAAGGAAGCAGUCCUGACCUUGCGGAGUCUUUGGGCAUCUGGUUACCAGGUCGUCCUGUCCUACGACUCCCAGACUGCAGCGAGACAUCCGGAGCUGUGGCCUGCUAUCCCGUACUGGUGGGCCAACCAGCGCACAGCACAAGGAGUGAUCAAUUACCUGGACUGGAACAAAGAUAUUGGACGUCCAGAGGGUUUCUUCGUCUCCGGCCUGAACCUGACGGCUGACAGAUUUUACAUCACUGAGAACCGGAAGCAAUCCCUGCGGACGCUGACCUACAGUAACUGGGAGUGUUUGAGGACUUGGCUGGAGGAGCAGAAACCGGGUUCGGACCCCAAGAGCCUCAACAUCAUCGCAGGAGACUUUGUGGGUCCACUUCCACUCUGCUCUCUGGUCAUUGCACUGAACCAAAAACUCCUACGGAAGAACGCCAGAUAGAUAAAAAAAAUAUUUUAUUUCAC